AGAACCUGCAGCGCCAAAAUCACACUACUGAAACGAAUCUUUGGUGCUUAAGAAAGUUUAGAUUUUAUGGAUGAGGUAGCAGAGGCUGUUGAGAAGGUGAAGAAAGACUGGGACGAGACAAUUGCACGAGCCUGGGAACAUGUAAACUCAAUUGAAGAAUAUGGUAAACCAGGAAGGGGGGAUGAUGAAGGAAAUUCUCUACCAAGGUUAAAUGGUCUUGCACAGGAUGCGCUAGCUUUACUUCGCUCAAUGCAGUUUAGGCUUGACCUUCUUGCUCAGCAACUUCCCACAGAAGAAGAAGUAAAAUCUGCUCAAUCAACACUGGAAUCUUGGAAGGAUCAAUACCGAAGUCUGCAUUUGGGCCUUAGGAAUGCCAAUUUGCAAGCGAAGGCCAACAUGAGGAAAGCUGCUCAGGCUGAGAGGGAGCUUCUUUUAGGUGGUGGAGAAGAGUCUACAAUUCGCAGACGCAAUUUACAGACGAAGGCUGGGAUGACAUCUGCUGCAGAAAGCAUCACAGAGAGCCUUCGCCGUACUCGUCAACUGAUGGUUCAGGAGGUGGAAAGAAGUGCAAGUACAGUAAUGACAUUUGGGGAAUCAACAGGAGUAUUAAAGAAGGCAGAAAGUGAAUAUAAGGGACAUCGCUCACUGCUUAUGAGGACUCGGAAUCUACUCUCAACAAUGCAACGCCAGGAUGUCCUUGACAGGUUGAUAGUUGUGGUAGGGUUUCUCCUCUUCUCCUGUGCUGUUCUAUAUGUUGUCUCAAAACGUAUUGGGCUGCUCAAGUUGCAGAGAAAGCUUACUGCUGCCAUCAAGGCAGGAAUGGUUGGACAAGGAGGGAUGAGACCUCGAACUGCAGAAGACGCCAUAAAUUUAGUUUAUGUUCAUGAAAAUGUAGUUCCUGAUGUGGAGGUUCCAAUAGAAAAUAUGCGUGAUGAACUGUGAUUCACCCCCACCCCCAAAAUAAAAAAAUAAAAUCACUCAUUCAAUGGAACUUUUGUUGUCCAUAUAAUCUUAUCUGCAAUUCAUGGGUGAAUUCCAAGCUUUUCAGUCACAAGGUUUUUUCAUGUGAGGAGUUUCGCUGGCAUACAUAUCAAUGAGGCAUUAAUUUCUUCAUUUUCU